UAACUCACGCACACACACUCGCUACUUGCGCUCUCCUUUUUCCACUCGGUGCGAGCGAGAGGAGGCAGGCAAUAAAUGGAAGCUUAGGUGAGAGCAGGCUCCAUGGCGGCGUGGCAGGCCCUCUCUGUCGCCUCACCGUCUUAACUCGUCGACAGAGGGAGAGCUGAGCUGAGCUGAUCAGGCCGCCGCGGAUUAACUCCUCCUGGUCGCGCGUGCUAGCUGCUAGGUGGUGGUGCAGCUAUACGAUCGAGGAGGAGGAGGAGGAGGUUUCUUGAUCGAUCUUCUUCUUCUUCUUCUUCCCUAGCCGGGGGUACGUACGGCCGCCUAUGGAUUUGGGCGCAUGGCGGGGUUCCCUCUAGGCGGAGGAAGCCACAGCCGCGACAACCCGGCGCCGCCAGUCCCGCCGGUGCACCCGACGGACGCGGCCUCGUUCCUGUACGCGACGAGGGGCGGGAGCUUCCAGCUAUGGCAGCAGCAGGAGCAGCAGCCGCCGUUCUACGCCUCCAACAUCAUCCGCUUCGCCGAUGACGCGCCGCCGGCGCCGUCGCUGGCCGGCGCGUCCUCGUCCUCGUCGUCCCGCGGGAUGCGGUCGAGCGGUGGGGGAGGCGGGGGCGGGGGCAUCAGCUGCCAGGACUGCGGCAACCAGGCCAAGAAGGACUGCACCCACUUGCGAUGCCGCACCUGCUGCAAGAGCCGGGGCUUCGCCUGCGCCACCCAUGUCAAGUCCACCUGGGUCCCCGCCGCCAAGCGCCGCGAGCGCCAGCAGCAGCUUGCCGUCCUCGCCGCCUCCGCCGCCGCCACCGCUGGGGCGGGUCCGUCCCGUGACCCGACCAAGCGCCCGCGCGCUCGCCCCUCCGCCACAACCACGACGACCUCCUCAGGAGAUCAGCAGAUGGUGACGGUGGCAGAGAGGUUCCCGCGGGAGGUGAGCUCGGAGGCGGUGUUCCGCUGCGUGCGGCUGGGGCCGGUCGACCAGGCCGAGGCGGAGGUCGCGUACCAGACCGCCGUCAGCAUAGGCGGCCACGUGUUCAAGGGCAUCCUCCACGACGUCGGCCCAGAAGCCUUGGCUGUGGCCGGCGGCAGCGGCGCCGGCGCGGGCGAGUACCAGUUCCGCCUCACCGGCGACGGGUCCUCGCCAAGCACAGCCGCCGCAGGCGAAGCAGGCUCCGGCAGCGGCAACAUCAUCGUGUCAUCGGCUGUGGUGAUGGACCCGUACCCGACUCCCGGGCCGUACGGCGCGUACCCCGCCGGCACGCCGUUCUUCCACGGCCACCCGCGGCCGUGAGCGCCGCCGCUCCGGCCACCCCUCGCCUCGCUGUAACGCCACAACAAUCUCUCACCUCACCUCAGCUGCAACUGUCAAUUGCUUUGGUCGAUCUCUUUGAGAAUUCUUAGCUUCUCCUCCCUUUGAUAUCUCGUUGCAUAAAUUGAUGUUUUCUUCUAGAGCCUAGCUAGCUUAAAUUAGGCAGGCGAACCUUUAGACUCUUGUUUGCUUCUCUUCUUGGGAGCCAUUUGAUAUGAGCAAUUAAUACACUCGUUUCCGAGCAAGAAUGAUUGGAAGCUUC